UGGAGUCGCCGUGGAGAACGUAAACUAAUGUCAACCAAGCUGGUGAAAAAUAGCGAAAGAAGCGACAGAAGAGGCAGAAAAGAGGAAGAGUGGACUGUUGGAGGUAACGGUAGACCUCCAGCUGCUGUUUCACUGCUAACGGAGCCAAACCUAACUUAGCUAGCCUUUACUCUGCCUGUGAGCACUCACAUCUGUCUGCGUUAACGGGACCGUUACCGAAUAAUGGACCCACCGGGAGACCCCGAGCCCUCCUUGGUACCACUGAGGGGUUACGGCAGACUCUAGGAAGAUCCUGGACUCAUUCGGGACCCGCUAGACCCCGGAGGUAAGAGACUUCCUGUCGUCAGCUGUCCCGUCUGGCUCCGCCUCCAGCAGCUGAGUCGGACAACGGCUCAGUGACCACUCCAUCCCUGAGGUCACAAAAGAUUGCCCGAGCGAAGUGGGAGUUCCUGUUUGGCGGACCGACUGAGGAGAGUCGCAGUGUUAAAGGCUCCUCUACCCCUCCAUCCUCCCUACACUUACAAACAGCCAAUCAGAGCCAGGGGCGGGACAGGGACAGUCAAAGGUCGUCUCAUCACCAGGUGAAGCAGGUUGAGGUAGACCUGGUGAGUCCCCAGUCCCGAGGCUCCUCCCCCAGGACGGGGAUCAUCCGCAAAACCAUCAAGUACUCGGAGACAGAUCUGGACGCUGUGCCAUUGCGGUGCUACCGCGAGACUGACCUGGACGAGGUGAUGCGGGCGGAGGCUGAAGCAGCAGAUGACGGUGAGGUGGACUCGGCCUUUGGGAGCAACCGCAGCGUCGUGGCGAACUCUGGAUUCAGCCCGACAGAGAAUUCCCCAAAACCUGGGACAGGAGGGGAGAGGGAAGAGGAGGAAGAGGAGGAAGAAGAGGAGGAGGAGGAGGAGGAAGGAGUGGUGAGCUGGGCCAGCGUCCGAAUGCUAGGAGACAAACAGAGACAGAGAGCCACCAAAGACGAGGAUGAGGUGUUUGGUCUGCUGCUGAAGGGGCCUUUGGACGGCUCAUCCAACACACACGGCGGCCUCAAGUCUCCAAUCUCCCUGGGGAGUCCCCGCCGACCCUCAGAGAGCAACCUCGACUCCUUCAGCCGCCAUUUUGAAAGCAUCAUGGAGUCCCAUCGAGCCAAAGGUACCUCAUACAGCAGCCUGGACAGCGUCGACCUCCUGACGUCCGGUUCCACGUCGGUAUUUACCUUCGACCUGCCGACCCUCACCCCUGAGAUUCAGAGUCAGAUUUGUGACAGCGCCAAGCAGAUCAUCGAGCUGAGUUUCGCCCCGCUGGCCCAUCCGGAACUGUCCGCCCCCUCAGAAAGGUCUCGCUCCUCCUUCACCCUCAGCACCUCCGGCCCCGGGCUCCGAGGCGGCUCUAAAGACGACUCUGGACCUCCAGUUAGAUCCAAAUCAGAGAAAGAGACGUGGCGUCGCUCCAUCCUCAAAGACGGCUUUCGCAAGGCGAGCUCAGUCCCGUCACUUAACAGCAGCUCCAGGGAGCGACCUGUGAACCGCCCCCCGGAGCUGCUGUACCCUCAGGCUGAUGUGGCUGAGCGUCUGGCACUCGGUGGCAGCGACGAUGCUUUGGCGAAUGGCACGAAGCCCGACCUGCAGGCUGCCAAACGCCUGGCCAAGCGGCUCUACAACCUGGACGGCUUCAGGAAGUCCGACGUGGCUCGACACCUCGGCAAAAACAACGAGUUCAGCCGGAUGGUCGCUGAGGAGUAUCUUAGUAACUUUGACUUCACGGGUCUGACCAUUGAUCAGGCACUCAGGACAUUCCUGAGGAAGUUCGCUCUUAUGGGGGAGACUCAGGAGAGAGAGAGAGUGCUAGCUCAGUUCUCCAGGAGAUACCGGCAUUGUAACCCCGAGAGUGUAACCACAGAAGACAGCGUCCACACGCUGACAUGUGCCGUCAUGCUGCUGAACACGGAUCUCCAUGGAAACAACGUUGGGAAGAGGAUGUCAUGCAAUCAGUUCAUCUCCAACCUGGAAGGUCUGAACAACGGGAAAGACUUCCCCAAAGAUCUGCUGAAGACGCUGUACAGCUCCAUCAAGAAUGAGAAGCUCCAGUGGACCAUUGACGAGGAGGAGCUGAGGAAGUCCAUGUCCGAGCUCGCUGACGUUCGAACAGACUCCGCCUCCCACACCAUGAAACGCCUUGGGAGUGGAGGAAACCCGCUGGUGGGUGUCGCCCAGCAGGCCGACGGCGAGCUCUACAAAAGUGGCUUCCUGGUUCGUAAAGUCCAUGCCGACCCCGAUGGAAAGAGAACUCCACGGGGUAAGAGGGGGUGGAAAUCUUUCUACGCCAUGCUGAAGGGAAUGGUUCUCUAUCUACAGAAGGAUGAGUACCGUACAGAGCGAGAGCUGACGGAGGACGAUGUGAAGAACGCGGUGUCCAUCCAUCACUCUCUCGCCAUGAGAGCCGCCGAUUAUAGCAAGAGGCCCAAUGUGUUCUACCUGAGGACGGCCGACUGGAGAGUCUUCCUGUUUCAGGCCCCGAAUCAAGAGCAGAUGCAGUCCUGGAUCACACGCAUUAAUGUUGUGGCGGCCAUGUUUUCUGCACCACCGUUCCCUGCAGCUAUCGGCUCCCAGAAGAGAUUCAGUCGUCCUCUGCUGCCGGGCUCCAACACCAAACUGUCCCAGGAAGAACAGGUCAAAUCUCAUGAGAACCGGUUCAGGGCGGUGUCCUCCGAGCUGGCCGACCUCACGGCUUCAGCUCCAGACCGCAAGGUGAAAGGUCGCGAGCUGGAAGAACACAAACUCCGACAAGAGUACCUGGAGUUUGAGAAAACUCGGUACGGUACGUAUGCCAUGCUGCUUCGGGCCAAGUUGUCGAGUGGAGACGAGGACCUAUCAGCAUUUGAAUCUCGGCUGUUUGAUGAUGGCGGCUUGCAGAGGGCGCACUCCAGCCCUUCACUGCCUCAGGACGUUGCCAAAAAGGAGAAGACUCGUGGGUCCAAGACAUCCAAAAGCUUAAAGGUCACUUCCUCUUCAUCAACCUCAACCUCAACCUCCAAGACCAGCAGCAGCGUUAAAGAGGGAAGCAAGAAGAAUGGCGGUGGCGGAAACAACCAGCAGCUGGAGCAGCAGAAACAGAGCAGCAAACAGGAAGCAGCUCCGUAAGGAGUCAGAUUUGACUCUUAGGAACAUGAAGGAACAUGAAGAGUCAAAGGCAGCAGGCUGACAUCCUCCUUUAAACCUUUUCUGUUUAACCUCAGAUCCUGAUUGGCUGAGGGGAUACCCCUCCAUAGCCCAUCUGAGACGUACGAGGUGAGCGGUGAGAAAAGGCCCUUCUUGAAGGGGAACAGAUGAUUGAAGCAUUUGUUUCUGAUGUGGUAAAGGUUGAUCUGAAAACCAUCUGUCACUUUAUUUCAAACUUCAGCAGAUCAAACCGUAACACCACAACCAGUUUCACUUUCAACGCUUCAUUUCAAACUAGCGCAGGUCAAACCAUAACACACUUAAAGCUUCAUUUAAAACUGGAGCAGAUCAAACUGUAACACCACUAAAGCUUUAUUUCAGACAGCAGCAGAUCCAGCUGUAACAUCAUGUCCAGUUUCACUAACAAAGCUUAAUUUCAGACUGCAGCAGAUUAAACUGUAACCCCACUAAUGCUUUACUUCAAACUGCAGCAGAUCAACCAUAACACCUCUAAAGUUUCAUUUGAAACUGGAGCAGAUCAAACCCUAACACCACUAAUGCUUUAUUUCAAACUGCAGCAGAUCAAAAUGUAACACCAUUUCCAGUUUCACUAUCAAAGCUAUAUUUAAAACUGCAGCAGAUCAAUCCAUAACACCACAGCCAGUUUCACCACUAAAUCUUAAUUUCUCCCACUUCUUGUGUUUUAGAGACUUUGCUGAGGUGUUUUUGUGGGACUGUGUGGUUCUGUUUUUGUGGAUCUGAAGUCUGGGUAAGGCAGCUUUGGAGGCCACUGUCUGAAUCCGUCUGUAGGUACUUUAUUUUUCUGUAUCGGCGACAAACAUUGACCUCCUGCAGCGCCAUCGCUCUGCUGCUCCUAGCAACCAACGGGGGAGCAUGUUGCCAUGCCGACCGCAUAUGACGGACAGAGUGUGAGGGACUGUUGCUGUGGCGACCAAAUAGAGAGAAAGGGUGGUGAGGGGUGAGACGGUGGAGUCAGGACUCCCCCGGCUAAACGAACAAACAGACGGAGGCUGCGGCGAUGCGUCAGAGACGAGCAGGAACACACACUCCUCCGCUCUUCACUGAUGCCGUUUGUUUCUAACCAGAGGAAGGACAGCAGCAUUAGCUCCCACUGUGGUGGAGAUCGUCAACAUGCUGUAUGGAGGCUCAUUAGGGACACUAAACCACUGAGUGAGCGUUACAUUUAUAUCUACACUCAUAUCCUGAUAUCCCCCUCUAAUUCUGCUGAUGGAUCAUAAUAGUCUGUUUUUUUAGGCCUUUCUGAUUCAGAGGGAGCAGAGUCUGCACGUCUAAAAGAAUCUGAAAACUAUCACUUUUAUCCUCUUCUGUACGGCUCUUUAACCAUAGAGCCACACAGAACUUUCAAAAUGUCCUGAAAUAACAGAAUGAAAUAUUUUGAUCAGAAUAAUCCAAUCAUUAUUUCAGUGUUUCUGCUCACACAGCUGGUUUUGUUCUUAAUGAACUUCCUGUUUUCUUUGAAUGCUGAAAAUCUGCUGGAGACUAACACAUGUUUGAAUCCGUCCAUUUAACUUUUGAUUGGCUCCCUGCUGAUGGAGGUGACCAGGAGGGAACCAAUCAGACUCUUAUUUAAAGCUUUUGUUGUCUCAUGCUGAAAUGAUCAUUUAUUGAUCAGUAAUCAUCUGAUUUCAAAAGGCUACCAAAGUUCAUUCCAUGAAGUCAAACUAUUGAUCAUCCUGGUCAAAUACUAUUUCUACAAUACGAGAGAAAGCUGUUCAAUUAUUCCUGGAGCUGAAAUCCUGCAGUGGAGGCUUAAAAACAUGAAAGAUUUUAAAAAAGCAUUUCCAAACACGAUGGUGGGCUAACCCCCACCAGAGACAGAAAUCCUACCCCCAUUGUUGGGCAGUUUAGAGAAACUGCCAUUCCUUACUUGUUUCCACUUCCACUUUCCAAAUGUUGCCAACACUUUUUUGGUGGCUCUGGUUCCAGAAGUAGAAUUUUCCAUUUGAAUCCCCCCAUUGAUAAUUAAAAAAAAAUCCUUAUUACAGCACUUUGAAUGCAUGCUAUCUAGCUACCUGAGUCUUCAUGUCUGUAAAACAUUUGUUUGGCCCAAAACACCAUUUGACAUAGGAGAAAUGAGGGAAAGGUACAAGACUGUGUACAUAUUCCUUUAAAAGUAUGAAGGAACUACAUAUACCACAAUCCAUUGUGUUUAAUUUAAAACAUUGUUAAUGAUAGUUUUUUAAGCUUUUAAAGCACAUACAUGUACCUCUUCUCUACACUAAUCUUUAUUGUAGUGUUUACAUUUUAGAUAAUAAUGUUGUAAUAUAUCUUACUUUGAGUAUUUAUUUCUUCAUACUGCAACAGUAUGUAUUGCCGUCUCCAUUGUAACUGAAGACUCCACCCAUUAGAGACAUUGCUGCGUCACUCAAGGAUUGUGGGUAUUGUAGUAUUUUUGGCUGAGAUCACAAAAAAACUGUUUUCUUAAAACCAGGUUGAUAUUUGACCAACUUUUGUCCUCUACAGGAGCAUUAACUGUUGUUUCACACUCAGGUAGCUUGGGUCAGACUGACUUGGGUAUUUCUGACAAUAUGGCUAGUAAUCAGAUCUGGUAUGGAGAAAAUGAAUGGGAGUUUUACUUCCAGAACCACACUGUUGAGCUCUAUUUGGCAAAAAUGGAGGGAAGAAGCUCUCCAACAUGAACAUUCCGUCCUCUGUCUUUGACGACGUCAACCUUUGAAGUCUUUAAAAGGCUUUAGAAAGAUGAUGUCAUCAAAUGUUAUGAAACAUUCAGUCAGUCCAGUCUAGUCAUUCCAGUCUUACCAGUAUACCACAUGGUUUAUUAUCUUAGUAGCAUAUCGGUAUAUAAUUUAGAAUGCUUUCUCCCUGGAUGAUCUAGAACAAUUUAGUAGAUGAUCUAGAAAAUAUGCUAGGGGGAUGUAGAGUGUUUUCUCUCUGAUGAUCUAGAUCAUUUGUUCUGGAUGAUCUAGAACAUUUGCUCUGGAUGAUCUAGAACAUUUGCUCUGGAUGAUCUAGAACAUUUGCUCUGGAUGACCUAAAAUGUUUGCUCUCUAGAUGAUCUAGAACAUUUGCUCUGGAUGAUCUAAAAUGUUUGCUCUCUAGAUGAUCUAGAACAUUUGCUCUGGAUGAUCUAAAAUGUUUGCUCUCUAGAGGAUCUAGAACAUUUGCUCUGGAUGAUCUAGAACAUUUGCUCUGAAUGAUCUAAAACAUUUGCUCUGGAUAAUCUAGAACAUUUGCUCUGGAUGAUCUAAAAUGUUUGCUCUCUAGAGGAUCUAGAACAUUUGCUCUGGAUAAUCUAGAACAUUUGCUCUGAAUGAUCUAAAACAUUUGCUCUGGAUAAUCUAGAACAUUUGCUCUGGAUGAUCUAAAAUGUUUGCUCUCUAGAGGAUCUAGAACAUUUGCUCUGGAUGAUCUAGAACAUUUGCUCUGAAUGAUCUAAAACAUUUGCUCUGGAUGAUCUAGAACAUUUGCUCUGAAUGAUCUAAAACAUUUGCUCUGGAUAAUCUAGAACAUUUGGUCUGGAUGAUCUAGAAUGUUUGCAUUCUGGAUGAUCUAGAACAUUUGCUCUCUAGAUGAUCUAGAACAUUUGCUCUGGAUGAUCUAAAAUGUUUGCUCUCCAGAGGAUCUAGAACAUUUGCUCUGGAUGAUCUAGAACAUUUGUUCUGGAUGAUCUAAAAUGUUUGCUCUCUAGAGGAUCUAGAACAUUUGCUCUGGAUGAUCUAAAAUGUUUGCUCUCUAGAGGAUCUAGAACAUUUGCCCUCUAGAUGAUCUAGAACAUUUGCUCUGGAUGAUCUAAAAUGUUUGCUCUCUAGAGGAUCUAGAACAUUUGCUCUAGAUGAUCUAGAACAUUUGCUCUGGAUGAUCUAGAACACUUGCUCUGGAUGAUCUAGAACACUUGCUCUGGAUAAUCUAGAAUGUUUGCUCUUGAUGAUCUAGAUCAUUUGCUCUGGAUGAUCUAGACUGUUCUUUCUAGAUUAUCUAGAACACUUGUUUCUUUGUUUUCCCUCCAACUUGUUGAACCUUGGAUCGUUUCAGAAGCUCCUCAUUGUGCAUGUAAAGCUGCUCUUCAUCGCUGGACCUAUCUGGAUCUGCUGGAAUCAGUUUUGUUGAUUCCUGAUGAACAGGAUUGUCUCGUCUUUUUUGUUUGUUAAGACACUUUAAAAGUCCACAGAGGACUGAACCAUCAGACAAUUUAAAGGUACGCAGAGAACCGUUGGAUUUUUGUUUACUGGUAGAAAGCCAGCACACAACCGUGCCACUUUCUUCACACAUGGUGUAACAACGCCGACCCUCAACGCCAGGGUGGUGUCCGUUGUAAGCUUUGACCUUGUGUAAUGACAGAAACAGGCGGCUAUUACAUGUUUCUCUGACAUGGUAGGUGUUGGUGUAAAACUGUUACGAGCGGCUUUCCUGUCCAGGUCUAGGGCUGGAAUGCCGUCAGUGAGAUCAGAGCUAUCGUGGCUCCCUCCAACAUUGUGAGGGUCUGUUCUGGACUGAAUAGUGCUUGACUGAAUGGGCAGAAUUUGAUGAAGGACAUCGUCUGGUCGUAACGUGCACAACAGACCUUUAGACCUGCCACAGUUAUAUGCAUGUUAGACUGAUCGUUGGACUGGUCAUUGGCCUGGCUGUUGGACUGAUCUUGGCCCGGCCAUUGGACUGGCUGUUGGACUGGUCCUUAGACUGGUUGUUGGACUGGUCUGCCUAAUUCUGUCCCUCAGUCUCUCCUCUCUCCAUGCCCUCAGAUAAGCAUAGACUUGCUGGUGGAUUCAGGAGAACCGAGCCGCCGCUGAGACGCUCCCAGCCAGCAGAGUUGGUGUAAAUGCUGCGGCUGUGCUGUGGACCCACAGGGUCAUAUUUACUCCUCAGAUAUCCUGUAACACUUGUGUAUUUUGGGUGUAUUUGUUGCACUGUGCAAUGUAAAGCAGCAUAGGAUGAACUCUAAAAGUCAUGGCCGCUUUCAGCUCCUUGUCCGUGUCAAACCUUGUAAAUAAAGUUCACUUUGAGAAGCCAUAUCGUAGUUGGGCCGACCGCCUAGCUAGUCUUUAGGGCACUUUGUUUUGGAUAUUUUAGAGUGACGCCGAUGUGAAACCUCCUGACAGGGGGCCAAUCCUCCACUUUAUUUAUUCUGUUGGUUGUUCCAGAUCAACCACAAAGACUGAAUCUAGUUUCUGUGAAAGUUUUUUUUUUCUUUGGGCUUCGCUGCGGUCUAAAUGUUCGCCGCCGGCUGGCCAAUCCAUAGCUGUACAUACUGUCCACUUCCUGUGAG